GAAUUGCGUUGUGAAGACUAUAUAGCAAAUCGACGUGGUGCAACAACGGGUGGAGGCUUAACGUUUGGUCAGACGCAGCCAACAACAUCAACUUCGUUGUUCGGUGGUAAUACAGCCACCACACAAUCAUCUUUAUUUGGUGCACAGAAUAAAUCGCUUUUUGGAGGAGGUACGAGCAGCGCAUUUGGCACUACCACAACGAGUACAACAACACCGUCAUUGUUUGGUGCAUCGACAACCACGGGUCAGUCUUCGUUAUUUGGAUCAGCGAAUAAACCAGCGACUGGUUUAUUCGGUACCCAGCAAGCUACCGCGACCACAUCGCCGUUCGGACAAACUCAGCAACAGACCACUGGUGGUUUAUUUGGUGCAAAACCAACAACGGGUUUUGGUACCCAACCGACGACAUCACUCUUUGGUGGGAGUUCAUCGUUUGGGUCCACAACAACAGCCAGUCCGUUCACAUUCGGCUCGAAUACGGCCACCGCAACUCCAUUCGGACAAACGCAAACGACAUCUGCUUUCGGAGGUACGUUUGGACAAACUACAGCGUCAACGGCGACAUCGGGUGGCUUGUUUGGUGCAAAACCGGCAGCAACGGGAGGUUUUGGAGGAUUCGGCACCAACACGGCAACAUCUGCGCCGUUUGGAUCGCAGCCCAGUGGGGUUGGACUUUUCGGCGCGAAACCAGCCGGUGGUUCCCUAUUUGGCUCUACAUCUGGCUUCAAUGUGGCACCAACGGCAGCAAACGUUAUGACAGCGCAGACCGCGGUGGCACCGAUCGUGUUGGGCUCAGAUGUGAAUCAAACGGCAAUCCAGAACGCUAUUAUUGAAGCACAGUUGGCGUCGUGUCCGUAUGGUGAUAGUCCUCUGCUGAAACUCGUCUCUUCUGAAACGCUCAAAAAAUCCGAUAUACCGAGUCCAACCAAUUUGCAAAGGCAGAUGCGAUUUUUGGCAUCAAAAGCGAAAGGAGGAAGUGGCGGCGGCGGCGGCGCAGCGAUGUCAUCCGCCACAACGCUCGUCUCAACGACCACAACUCGAACGACUCCAGCCAUCGCACUCAGUUCGUUACCAACUGCCGGAUCACCGAUCAAUAUCUCAGUUCAACCGUCCUCAAACAAUCUUCUGAACAGCUCUCGACCCUUCAAUCACCUCUCCUAUAAGUCAAUCUAUUCCUCACCAAAUUCGGCCACCACCGCUCUCUCCAAUCCACCACCGUUGACUGAUUCUGCAGUCAGCAGACCGUCAAUUCUGAAGCACGGCUCAGCUAAUGCGUCAAUGUUCAGUGCUGAAGCUGGUUCAGGUAGAGGUAAAGCAGAUGAAACGAGAAAUGACGUGAAGCGACUCGAUCUAAAUCGCCUUAAGAAAUCACUGGAAGCAGGAAAACAGCGACAUCCGUUAUCGUCAUCGCAAACGGCGGCUACGACUAGUGCAGUAUCAUCACCAUCGUCAGUCAACGGCAGCAUUCAACAAGAUCGAACUGAUCACGACACGGCCAGUACUGAAAGUCAACAACACAACGUGAAUGGCGAGAUGCAAAAUGGAGAUUUAAAAUCGACGGGGUUGUGUCGACCGGUCUUAUCACCCGAAACCGAAAAUGUUCGUGAGAAAAGAAGAGCCGAGUUGAGAAAAGAACAACCGCCAAUACGUCUGAAUUUGAACUCCGAUUACAACACGAGUACUGAUGUGGGAGCUCGUUCAGUGAUAAGUGCCAAGCCUCAUCCAGCUGGUAUAACUCUGCGAAGAAGGGAUUAUGUGUGUGAACCAAGUUUGGAGCAGCUAGCCGUAAUGGCUGAACGUAAUAAUGGUGUAUGUCGUAUCGAGAAGGGUUUUACAAUUCGUCGAUUCGGUUACGGAAGUGUUUUUUGGCCUGGACCAUUUGAUUUAAGUAAUAUUGACAUAGAUGAGGUUGUUCAUUUCCGUCAGAAUGAAGUGAUUGUUUAUCCGGAUGAUUCGAAUAAGCCAUCAGUUGGUGAAAAAUUGAAUCGAUUCGCUGAAAUUAGUCUGGAACGGGAUCCGAUAGAACUGGAGAGAAUGCAUUUUCGUGAAAAGCUGGAGCGCGUAUCAGCGAGAAUGGAUGCAAAUUUCAAGGAUUAUCGUCCUGAAACUGGCACUUGGGUCUUUACGGUGCCACAUUUCACUAAAUAUGGUCUGCCGGUUCGUUAA